AUGCCAGACCAGACCGAGGAAGGCGACCCAACCACUGCAAAGAACCCAGUUGAGCCGCCCAAACUGCGAUUUGUGACUGCACGGCCCGACUCGACCCAGGCGCGACGCGAGGCUAAAUCAGUCAUUCGGGCCCAUGCUUCACGCGCGUCGUGGGCCAAGAUCAGGCAGGGCAAAAAGCAGUCGAGGCAGGAGGGCAGUUCUCAGAUUGGCUCAAUACAGCCUCCGGCCGUGCAGCAAACCCCUCUGGCCAAUACCGGGCUAGUAUCAUCACAGUCAAAUGACGAGCAGGACCAAGAUACCUGCUUUGGGGGAGCUGGUCCCUCAGGCUCUCGACAAGUUGUGCCAUCCAGAAGGCAGACCAUCCUUGGAUCGCACCCUGUCCCCAGUCCUCUCCACACAGUAGGUGCGGGUGAUAUUGAUCCAUUUGCCAGCUAUCCAUCGCGGCUGCCAAGGGAAAUAGCUGCCCCCAUUAUUGCCCAAGUCAACCACUACUUCAAUAUCAUGUUUCUCCCGGAGCCAGAUGGCAUGGAAGAGAGCGUCGCACGCCAUUGGAUAUCUUGGUUCAUGAGUGACAGCACCUUGUUCCACGCCCUUUGCUUCGGCCAAUUAGCCAGGCUGUCGGUCACCGAGGCUUCUGGCCUCAACCCAGUUAGUCAGAGAGCAAAGUGGUACUGCUACUCGGUGGUGGUGGGAGAGGUCAAUAGACGAUUCAGUAAUGCCUCUACUCGAUGUUCCGACGAGAGUAUUCUUGCCGUGCAGGCGUUGGCGUUUCAUGGUGACAAAACAGCAGCCCACGACACGCGCGAACCUCCUUACUCGCCCUCGCAGGGCCCACUGAAUGCUCUGCAGGGCCUGGAUACAUACGCAGGUCGACUAGAUCCCGUGCACAUGCACGUCCACGGGUUGGCAAAGAUGCUGGCCAUGCGGGGAGGCGUUGACGACAUCAAGUUCCCCGGUUUGGCGGCAAUGCUGAGCUAUGGGGAUGUGAUUCUGGCGUCUCGAUUGCUGCAGAGACCGACCCUGCCCUUUGUGCCAAUCGGCGAGUCUCCGGAAAGGACCCUGGCCAGUGUCAAAAGGCCAGGCCAUCCUCUAGCUCAGCUCGGCUCAGGGUUUCAGAUGCUCUACGAUCUCGUCCCCCCGGAAAUGGCCCAACAGCUCUACAAUGUCCUCCUGCACCUUUCGACAUAUCUGCUGGCGGUUGAAGACUACAUCAUGGGUAGACCGCAAGCCCAGAGCAUGUUAACACUCGCCGACCAAAGGAACUUUGUCCAGCACAGCUUAAUGUCGAUGCACUCGAGUCCGGGGGCCACCACCACGACGUCCGCAGACGACGGAAUGUACUCACUCCAACAGGCCACCUGGUGCGCGGGUGUCGUGUCCAGCCUCAUCAGCGUCUUCCCCAUCCCUCCCGCGCGAGCACCCUUUGCAAAGCUUGCCUCACAGAUCAGGCAGCAUCUAAUAAUAUCCACGUCGAGCGGCGGCGGCCACGACGGCAAGGGAUGGCGCAAGGGCGCUCCGCUGAUGCUGUGGAUCACGUUCAUGGGCGCUCUCGCAUCCACGGCCGAAGACAAGACGUGGUACAUCUCGGUGCUCGAGCGGCUCGUGCAUAGGAUGCAGAUCCUGAGCUGGCAGAGUUUGAAGGAGAAGCUGCUCAAUUUCCUCUGGUUCCCCACCACAAGUGACAUUGACGGGCAGCGGUUGUGGAGGGAGAUACACAAUUCGAAUCCGUUCAGGUAG